GAACCAUACGGUUGUCAGUUCUAGUUAAGCCUCCUUUCCGAUCAUACAGUAGCGUCCAGAAGUUUGCGCUCUUGUUAAUCGUCGGCUAGUCCAUCGAAGCUGAACGAAAGCAGAUUUCACGCUCGAAACACCGCUUCUUUCGGUGCCCGAUCCAUCGGGUGCGGGUUGAAUGAUGACGUUCAGAAAAAGUUUAAUUUGCUUACUGAUAGCCAUCUCCGUGUGCAGUGUGCUGUCCCAAAGCGAUCCUGUCUGCGUGACAACUACUUUCAAAGCAGGAUACUGUGUGGCAAUCGAGCGUUGUCGAAACAUCCUCGCCAUUGUGCAGUCACCAACACCACCUAAGCAAAGUGUUCAGAAUUACAUAAAAGGCAUUAACUGCACUCUACCCGGUGAGGCACGAGGUGUAUGUUGUCAACCAAAAGAAACUGUGCCUGAAAUUUCACAAUCCGAGCCACAUGUAUCACAUAAAUUGCCCGAGGACUGCGGCACAACAUCAUACUCAAAGCUAGCGUGGGCAAAUGAAACCGAGCCAUUCCAGUACCCGUGGAUGGUGGCGCUUCGGUUCAUUAAAAAUGGGAUAGAAUCGGAUCAAUGCGGAGGAUCGUUGAUCAACAAUCGCUACGUAUUGACGGCCGCCCAUUGCGUGCAAACUCCGGAUGGUUCGAAGCUAAUUAGAGUUCGGCUUGGGGAACAGGAUAAAAGCAAACCGAUUGAUUGCAUUGUUUACAGCAACAAUGAAACGAUGUGUGCCGAUCCACCGGUGGAUGUGGAAAUAGCAUCAACGGUCGUGUAUCCUCAGUACAAUUCAUCGACUCUCUUGCACGACAUUGCAUUGAUUCGAAUGGCACAGGAGGUCACAUUCACUCAUUCUAUCAAACCUAUUUGUCUACCAGUGCGAAAGGAUGUUCGAAAUCUACUUCUACAAACCUAUACUGUGGCUGGAUGGGGCAUGACUGAGAAUCGAAAGAAAUCAGACGUUUUACUGCAUGCCCAGCUGGAUCGGGUGGAAUGUCCUCGGACAUUAUUCAUAAACAUGCUUUCUGUGAAACUUUCGAAGGAUUACCAAAUGUGCGCUAUUGGGAGGAACCUAAUUGACUCUUGCAGAGGCGAUUCGGGAGGUCCAUUGGGCUUUGAAGUACGAAACGUGGGGGCUCGUUUUGUCCAGUAUGGAAUUGUGUCAUACGGAGUCGCUUCUUGCGGGAAAGUAAGUUUUCCAGGAAUGUACACUCGUGUGUCGAGCUACAUGUAUUGGAUCAUUGACAACAUACGUCCCUAAUCGUGAUGCACUCAACUAAUAUGUAUGAGUUUAUGCAAGCUGUGAAACAUGUAUGUUUUCUUUUUAUAGUGUAACAUAAUCAAAAUAAAUUUGAAUAAUGCUCAUCA